GAUGACAUGCGUUUUGUGUCUCUAGUUAAGCGAACCCUGUUUUUCAUCAAGCCCUUCGAGGGAUCGAGUCGUUUUAUGUUGAUUUUGCUGAUGCAAGGUCAUGACUGAUUUGCAGUAAGAAUACACUAUGUUUUCAGUAGAGAUGUUGUAACAGUGCAAGUUUGGUGGAGUCUAGAGAAAGGGCAAGUCUUAGGUUAAUGCGAUGUCUGUUUAGUUUUUAAUAAGUGUUUUGUUCUUGGGCUGUUUGAUCAGAUCGCAGUUCUCUUUUGAAGAUGCUGUUCUUGGGGUAUUUACUGGGAUAUUGAUUCAAAUUCAAACAGCCACUGCCGUUUUCGUUUAUUGUUUUAUUUGAAUGUGCUUUGGUCUGGUUUUAUUGCAGCUCAUUUGCGGUACUGUAAUGUAGAGAUGUGUAUAUAGACUCGAACUAAACUGAUUACCGACGAUGCAUUAAAUUCAUUGUGAACAUUGUAACAGCGUUUCUCUGUGCGUGGAUUUCACAAUGACUCUUGUUAGGUAUAUAGCCGUGUAAGUAAAGAAAUAAAAAACAAAUGUUUUUGACUCUCUACGAGGUUAAAUGUAGUUUAAUCCUGUUGUCGGUUUCCAUGGGAACAGUUUGAUUGCUUGCAAUCCGUCAGCGCAACACAUCUUGGGCCUGCUCUAUAAUAGCGAUUAUUUCUGCAAAAGACAACAAAAGGUUUUAAUUGUACAUUAUAAAACGUACACAUUAUUAUUAUAACAGCGCUCAGUUUAUUUCCUAGGUCACUCAUGCUAAACUGCUGAAACAUCAAUACACGGCAUUUGAAGAUCUGUAUUGAAUGAGCUGCUGCUAGUUUGAACAGCUGGGCGUGUUCCUAGCUGACUACACGUGUGUUACCUGACAGGCUUAGCUUCAGAAUCCGCUGUCAGCAAGGCUCAGGUGUAUUAGCGAACAGUACUCACAGGGACAGUGACACAGCUCCGCCUGGCUGCUGUCGGACCUCCGGGAUUGCCAAUGACAACAGAUAACGAGUUCCCCGUGAAACCUCAGGACAAGAUGGGCCGCAAAGAAGGAGAGGACUGCCGGUCCUGGAAGAAAAUGACGGAUAACAUCCAGGAUACCUUUGAGUUCUUGGAGAGGCUGGGAUCGGGGGCGUUCUCGGAGGUCUUCCUGGUCAAGGAAAGGGAGACGGGGAUGCAUGUUGCUCUGAAAUGCAUAAAGAAAGUGCCGGACAUGCGCGACGCCAACCUGGAGAAUGAGAUCACAGUCCUCAGAAAAAUCAAACACGAGAACGUUGUGGCUCUGGAGGAUUUCUAUGAGAGCCAAACCCAUUACUACCUUGCCAUGCAGCUGGUGUCGGGAGGGGAGCUGUUUGACCGGAUCCUGGAACGCGGUGUUUACACGGAGAAGGACGCCAGCCUGGUGAUUCGGCAGGUCCUGGGCGCGGUCAGCUACCUGCACAGGAAUGGUGUUGUGCACCGGGACCUCAAGCCUGAGAACCUGCUCUACUACAGUCCGGACGAGAACUCCAAAAUCAUGAUCAGUGACUUCGGCCUGUCCAAGAUGGAGGACAACGGCAUCAUGUCCACAGCCUGCGGGACACCGGGAUACGUAGCCCCUGAGGUCCUGGCUCAGAAAGCCUACAGCAAGGCUGUUGACUGCUGGUCGAUUGGAGUCAUCACAUACAUCCUGCUGUGUGGAUACCCUCCCUUCUAUGAAGAGACGGAGUCGAGGCUGUUUUCCAGGAUCAUGGAGGCGCACUACGAGUUUGACUCCCCCUUCUGGGAUGACAUCUCGGAGUCGGCUAAGGAUUUUAUUCGCAACAUGAUGCACAAGAGCCCCGAGGAGCGCUACAGCUGUGAGAAAGCUCUGAGACACCCCUGGAUUUCCGGCAAGACGGCUCGUAGCCAAGACAUCUACUACUCCGUCAGCGUGAAUAUCCAGAAGAACUUCGCCAGGUUGAAGUGGAGACAAGCCUUCAAUGCUGCCACUGCAGUGAACCGCAUGAAGAAGCUACACCUGAACACGGUCACAGAGGGGAGCCAACAGGCCAGCACUCAGGUUCCUGUGAUCCGUGUCACUGAAGUUCCCCUGCAGGACUCUCCCAAGAGGAGCCUCAGUGCUGAGCAGAACCCGGGGAAGAAUGGCUACAUCGCUGUGCCGGCCAGCCAGUGCGAAAUAAAGAGCCACUACCUCCCCCUCCACAGCCACUGUGAGCGCCUUGAGAACGAGAGCUCACCUUCGGAUCCCAGCAACUUCGACAGAGCUGUCAUUAACCAAGCCAUGACCCCCAUGCUGAACAUCACAGUGAGGGGGCUGAAAGAUAACCGCGGCCAGCUUCAGACUGGAGUCUGCUCCAUCAUGUGACCUGCCGUGCAGCCGUGUGACUGUGGGGUGAGCAGUGCAGGUGUCUAAUCUAGGUUUUGGAGGAGCCACAACAGUUUACAAGCAGACAGAGCGAGCAGAGGCUGCUGUGUGUGAUUGAACUGGCGCUGGAGAAAGGGGAGGACAAACCCUCCUGCGUGUGUCUGUCGCCAGAGGAUUACUGAGUGCCUAGCUUAAAAACGACAUGCCAUUGUCUGAGAGAGUCGCACAGUGGAGUUUAGGAAGAGACGCUCUCUAACUAGCAGAGGCAUGGUAUAUUUUAUGACACUUUUUUUGUUCGCUAACUAUUGAAGCUCUAUAUUAGCAUUUCACUUGAUCAGACUGACUUUAAGAAAAAUGCGAAGUGUAAUAUAAUUUGAAUUCAUGUCACACUAAUUUUUCUUCCCAGCUGCCUCUGCAAAUGCUGCAGCUUGGUUAGUUCAAUAUAAAUCUGGAAAGUGCUUGACUUGUAACUACAAUAUUAAUGCAAGCGCAUGUCGUUUGAUUUUUGUCAGUAUUGUAUUUGAACUAUGUGUUGAAGUUACAUCGCACAUCAUUGUCAGUAUACUUAAAAAUUUUAAGUAUUUUCUAGGUAUUUUUAGGGGGUCCUAAAAAGGGGGGAGCAACUUAUACGCUGGUGUGACCUAUAGGCUUUUUCCUGAAAUUGUCUCAAAAAGGGGGUGACUUAUACACCGGUGAGACUUAUACACACUGUUUUUUUUACGGUAGCUAUAAAUGUUAUUAUGGUUGUCCUCAUGACCCACGCUGGAGUUCUGGUGGUAAUACCACUCGUCAUGGCUCGCUUUGUUUUCAGUUGGUCUGAGGUGGUCGGUGUGCUGGUUUUCAACUGGUCGUACUGGUUCGACAGACGGUGCGCUUGAAGAUGCGGGGUGUUUUUAAGGAUUCAGUAGUUUUAUGACAUUUAUAACCUCCAGGUGCUGCAAGUAUAAGCAGGAGCGUGACUAUUUGGUUCUAAGGUAGCGGGUUUGAGGGUCAGCGUUGAAACGUCCUAAAAGUCCUUCACUGUAGCACGUUCUCUCCAGCUCUCUCUAGCGCAGCACGAGAUGUGACAGAGCUACUGAAGACACCUGACUGCACGCUGUGUGGAGCACUGCAUCCUAUACACACACACACACACACACACACACACUGCAUCCUAUACACACACACUGCAUCCUAUACAUACACACACAAGUAAACACACUGUGCAAAUCUGGAGUAACAUUGGUGUGAUACUAUAUUAGAAACUUUGAACUCUGUAUAUAUUUCUGUAAGACAGAAUGUACUGUAAUCCACAACUGGAUUAUCAGAAGCACAAUACUUCAUACUUUGCGUGUGUUUGGGCUGUAACAUGUUAAACAGGAGUGUGUAUAUCUCCUCGCAUGUAUAACGCAUC